GUUAACAGAAACCAGCUGACUUUAGCACAGUUAGUGAAACAUUUAUUAAUUCAAAAGAAACACCUGAAGGACAUUGAAGGAGAGAAGCGGAAGCCAACAAGGAGAGAGGGUUAUCUGCUGUCCUGGACACUGACUGGGUUGGUAGAUCUGGAUCCAGAGCCAGACUCCAGGGUGGAGGUAGGAGGUCAGGCCCGGCCCACCUCCGGCAGAGAUCAUGGCAACCUCUCCCGGCUUCGUAGCUCCUCGCUGGAGAUCAAAGAGAAAGAAAUCCGAGAAAAGGGCUCAGAGAUCCUAAGGGAACAGCUGGACGCUGCAAAGAAGGAACUGAAACUAAAGGACAGAGAGUGUGAGCGUCUUGCUCAGGUCAGAAAUCAGCUGGAGCAGGAGCUGGAGGAGCUGACAGCCAGUCUGUUUGAGGAAGCUCACAAGAUGGUGAAUGAAGCGAAUGUCAAACAAGCUGGAGCAGAGAAGCAGUUAAAGGAGGCUCAGGGAAAGAUUGAUGUUCUACAAGCAGAGGUGACGGCGCUUAAGACUCUGGUAUUGACGUCGACACCUUCUUCACCGAACCGCCAACUGCAUCCACAGCUGCAGUCUCCAGGAACCAGGGGAGCCCACAAACACGUUGGCGGUCACAUCCGUAACAAGAGCGCGAGCGGCGCGUUUCCACCUUCAUCCGGAAAACCAGAACCUUCCUCAGUUUCCAUUCCGCAUGCGACCAAAGAGGACCGAGAGCCUGCUGUUCCUGCUCUUCUCUCUCUGAUUCUCUGCCUGGUUCCUGGCCAGUCUGUCAAUGUGAGCUUUGACUCUUACUGGCAGCAGCAGGGAGAAGGGCUAGCUACUGACGGCAGACAGAUGGACUCAAUUCUGUACGCCGAGUUUUUGACGUGGAAGGAAAAGUCAAGUCUAGACCGUUCCUCUGCCUUCUUGAGUCGCAUCUACAGAGAGGACAUUGGACCCUGCCUCUCCUUCACAAGAUCUGAGCUGUCGCAGCUCGUGCAGAGUGCAGUGGAAAACAACUUACUGACCAUCGAGCCUGUGGCCAUGUCAGCGUUACCGAUGGUGAAAGCCUCAGCUGUUGAGUGUGGAGGCCCGAAUGGCUUUAGGGCUGCAAUAGAGACAAAAUGUGCGUUGAGUGGCAUGUCGCGCCUGUGCCGACACCGCAUUAAACUUGGAGACAAGGGGAGCUACUAUUACAUUUCCCCGUCCAGUCGAGCACGGAUCACGGCUGUUUGCAAUUUCUUUACUUAUAUCCGCUACAUCCAGCAGGGCUUGGUGAGACAUGACGCGGAGCAGAUGUUCUGGGAGGUGAUGCGUCUCCGUAGAGAGAUGACUGUGGCGAAGUUAGGUUUCUACCCCACAGACCAGGGCUAGAGGACACUGAUCAUUCCACUAAAACACCAUGCAAGACUUGUGAGUCUGUGUUUAACUGGUAACAAGCAGGUCGAGGAUCAUUUUUCGCUGCAGAGGUUGUAGAGAGCAGGAGAGGCCAAUCAACAAGGGAAGCAGACAAUGUUGUGUACCACUAUUAUGCAAUAAGACAAAGAAUUUAACCAGCACAGACUAUAGUUCAGCCCUUGUGUGAGCUUCUGCCAAUGGAAGGAGAAUUGUUUCUGCUUUGGAGUUCCUACAACUUGUCGAGGUUAAAAACAGAUUCUGUGUAUCAUUUACCAGGCAAAAAUGAGCACAAUGAAAAGUUGAAGCAGUGCAGAGUUUCUUACCUCAAAUAUUACAUACUUCAAGAAUUAUGUAAUGCAUUGAUUGUUGUUAUUCAUGUGGCUUCCUCAGAAUAAUUAAUGGAUGUGUUUUUUUUUUAAAAUUUUACACUCAUGCUCAUUAGCAUUACGUAGUUAUUUUUUUGACUUGACUUUUUGUCUCAGCAUGGCCUUAACAUCGUUGAUGCAUUGUUGCACUUCCUCUUCUAGAUGCCUUGUAUAAAAACACAAAAUGAAACCGAUGCAGCCUCUCGCAAGAAACCGCUUCAUGUUAGCCCGACCUGUGCUUAGUAAUCGGAUGUAUCAUUAAUGAAAUAGUAAUGACACCACACCUCCCUGUUCAAUAUGGUUUCACAGUAAGUCAGAAAAAGAACAAGCUUUAACACAAGUGAUGCAAUACACACAACAGAUGCCAUUGUAUUUUUUGCAUGUCUGCAGAACAGUAUGUAUUUACAAUAAAAGCCAUAAAUGACUUUGCAUGAAUGCAGUAAAUAGCCAUAAAUAUGCAAUAUAUUUUGAUUGUACCUCAUAGUGUAGAUUGAUUACAACCACCCCCCCCCCCCCCCCCACCUCCAAACAGUUUCUUGAAGGUAAAAAUGAAGGCUUUACAGAAAGUGCAAUAUCUGCUUCUUAGCCCUCUUUUUUUGGGGCCUUGGGGAUCCUGACCCCAGAGUACUGGUGAAUAAAUGUGUCUCUGGUGUAAACGCUCCAUUAAAGACGAGCCAGUGGAGUCUUUGUCA